AUGUCCGCUGAGCAGCCUACUGAAGCACCCCCGGCGGGUGGCUCCCUCGCGGACCGCGUCUCGAAGCCUGAGGGCUCGGAACCUGCAGCUCCUGCUGAGAAGAUAGACUGGAGCGAAUCCGUAUCUCCGAACGAUGGAGCUUCGGAAUUGCAGAACGGUUCCAACCUCCAGGAGCCCGAAUACAACGUUGAAGUCAAGCUUAGCGACCUCCAAGACGACCCUAAUAACCCCUUAUACUCCGUGAAGAACUUUUCCGACCUUGGAUUAGAUGAGAACAUCCUCAAGGGACUGUCCGCGAUGAACUUCCGCAAACCAUCGAAGAUCCAAGAAAGAGCCCUCCCGCUGCUUUUGAGCAACCCCCCGAAGAACUUGGUCGGACAGUCGCAGUCGGGUACCGGAAAGACCGCCGCCUUCGUGUUGAAUAUCCUUAGCCGUCUCGACCUCUCGUCGGAGCAAAUGCAAAAGACACCGCAGGCCUUGAUCCUGGCCCCAACUCGUGAAUUGGCUCGUCAGAUCGUCGGUGUCGUUCAGGUUAUGGGACAGUUCCUUACGGGGCUUCUCAUUGGUACGGCCGUUCCUGCAGACUCCAACAGCCGUCCUACGAAAUUGGAAGCCUCUGUGGUCGUUGGCACACCGGGUACCGUUAUGGAUAUGAUCAAGAGACGUACUAUGGUCGCCGCUCGACUCAAGGUUCUUGUUCUUGAUGAGGCCGAUAACAUGCUCGACCAGCAGGGUUUGGGUGACCAGUGUAUUCGUGUCAAGGGUCUGCUGCCCCGAGACGUCCAGGUCGUUCUUUUCUCCGCAACAUUCCCUGCCCACGUUCACCGAUAUGCAUCUAAAUUUGCGCCCUCGGCGAACGAGAUUACACUGCAGCACGAAGAAUUGACCGUCGAGGGUAUUAAGCAACUUUACAUUGACUGCUCGAAUGACGAGGACAAAUACCAGACCCUUGUUAACCUGUAUGGUCUUCUCACCGUGGGUUCUUCUAUUAUUUUCGUCAAGACCCGUGUCUAUGCUUCCGAAAUCGAGAAGCGCAUGAUCCAGGAAGGUCACAGUGUUGCAUCUCUGACCGGUGGUAUCGAGGGUUCGCAGCGUGACGCUGUCAUCGACGAAUUCCGUUCCGGAAAGGCUAAGGUCCUGAUUACGACCAACGUUCUUGCCAGAGGUAUUGAUGUUUCCACCGUCUCCAUGGUUAUCAACUACGAUAUCCCUGAAAUCCACCAGCCCGGAAAGCAGGAGAAGCAGGCGGAUUACCAGACAUACUUGCACCGUAUCGGUCGUACGGGACGUUUCGGCCGUGUCGGUGUGUCGAUCUCGUUUGUGUCCAACCGGGAUGAGUGGAACAUGCUUAUGCAGAUUGGGAAAUAUUUCAACGUGGACAUUCAACGACUCGAUACGACCGAUUGGGAUGAAGUGGAAGAGACUAUUAAGAAGACGAUUCGGAACCCGCGGUCCAACGCGACUUUUGGAAAGUGA